AUGGAGCAGUAUAAGGGGCCGGAGAAAGUGCUGGCUUAUUUGCAGGAGGUGGAGAGGAAAGCCGAGGAUGUGCUGGUGGACAGGCGGCAGAUUGUGGACCUCGACAUUAAAAGGAAUCAGAAUUGGGAGGCCUUACGAGCGCUCGGCAGAGACCCCCGUCAAUCAGGUCCCGUGACCGUUUGCUUCGGUGACAUGUUCAUAAACCUUCCGAUAGAUAAAACCAAGGAGAUGAUUCAUCGGGAUCAGGAACAGUUGGAGGCAGAAAUCAAAAACCUUUGCUCGCAGUUAAAAGUGAAGGUGAACCAGCUAUAUGAGGCGCAAGGGAAGCCAGAGCUGAAGGGCUUUAGCCUGGCCCCGCUGGAUACGGAUGAAAUCAAGGCGAUCAAUAAAGUUUUGAAAGGAUGAAUGUAAAGAAAGAAGACAUUGUGGUAUCCUCCAAGAGUCGGCAUUUCAGGUCAUAAUCUUCAUGACUGCUGGCGGUCAGAGAGGGAGAAGCAUUAACUUCCAGCAGCCUCCUGCGAAAACAGCAAGACUAUCAAAAGAUGGCGGCAAUUCUGAGCGCAGAACUG